CCAGGUGCCACAUCAUCGUUUGCCAUGUCAGCCUCUGCCACGUCAGCAGCUGCCACGUCAACAACUGUCUGUCAGCAUUUGCCACGUCAGCAGAUGCCACUUCAGCAGGUUCCACAACAGUUGACGACACAUCAGCAGCUGGCACAUGUGAAGUUGUCAAGUCAGCAGCUGCCACGUGAGCAAUUGACACUUGAGCAGCUGCGACGUCAGCAAAUGCCACAUCAGCAGUUGGCGAUUCGACACCUGCCACGCACACAAAACCGAGCCGGCGAGCACUUUUACAAGAAGAGGGCAUCGUCAAGAUGCCCGCAUGCCACCCUUGCCAUUUGGAGAAGACUGCAUAAGGUUGGCGCCGAGUUCCCGCCAUACAUUGAGGAGAGGGUGCAGCGGGCGAGGGAGGAGAAUCCCAGCGACGAGGAUGACGCCCCUGCGGUGGAGGAGAUUGCAGGCGGUGGAGGGGGAGGAGGCUCCAUAGGUGGGGAGGUUGAGGAGUUGGGCGGUGGCCAUCCUGUUGCUGGUGGCGCGGAGUGCGCGAGGGGGGGGGUGACGGGUGGGGGCACAGCUGCGGGGACACCUGCUUCGUCGCAGACAGUGCGACAGAGGGGCCGCACGCCUGUGCAGGCGAGGCAGACGAGCAUCGCGAGGUAUGCGAAGAACGCGAGGCAGCAGGAGAUUGAUGACGCCUGGUUCGAGUUCUUCGUAGAGAACGCCAUCCCGUUCAACGCUGCCAAAAGCAAGAGCUUCAAGAAGUUCACUUUGCCGUGCUACGGGCCGCAGCCAUUGGGGAAGCACCCACUUGUGCCCACCGGGUACAACCCGCUCAGAUGCAGACUCCUCGAUCGAUUGCACAGGAGGCUGGAGGAUGAGGAGAAGGCGAUUCGGGCAGACUGGGAGGUUACAGGGUGCACGUUCAUAACUGAUGGCACCACAAACAUAUGUGGGCGAUCACUUAUGAACUACAUCCUCGCAGGGCGGUCAAAGCCCGUCUUCAUCAAGUGCGAGGAUGUGAGCGAGGGAGAUAAGAACUCAGUCGCAGUCGUCGCCGGUUGGAAGAGGUUCUUAAGGGAAUGGGGGGUGGAGAAGAUCACCGCGAUCUGCACGGACUCCUUUGCAGGGAACACGAGGGCUGCCAGGAUGUUGAGGGAGGAUCUUGAGUUUGCGCAGAUCUACUGGAUCCCUUGCACUGCCCAUUGCAUGGACCUCCUCAUGCACGACAUCUGCAAGCUGCAAUGGGCGGUCGACAUCAUCGCCAAGGCAAAUAAGGUGGUCAACGUCUUCCGACUUCACAGGUGGCCACGAUCGCAGUUGAGGAUGCAGCUGUUGCAGUCUCCAGAACUUGAGCGCAUGUGCCUGCUUCGCCCUGCUCAGACGAGGUUUGGGACCCACUAUGUGAUGUUGCAGCGUCUCAUGGUCUGCGCAAAGGCCAUCACACGAAUGUUGGCUGCCCUGAUGAAGGGCCCUUGCAACGUGCUGCGAGAGGUGGACAAGGAUAUCCACUGCCUGUCCCGCAUCUACGACAUGGCGUGUCAGUUGCUAGUGUUCAUUCGUGCAGCCCGUCUCACUGAGGAGGAGCGAGAUGAGAUCCUGUCGGCGGUGGCGAACAGGACUGACAUGCUGCUUAGCCCGAUCCAUGCUGUUCCCCGACUGUUGGACCCUAUGUUGAGGGACAUUACUGUUUUCAGCAAAGUGGAGCUUAUGGAACAGUUCGAGAGCGUUGUGGAGCAACUGGUGGGGAAGAGGGGUAGCCAAAGGUUCACGGACUGCAUGGACCAGCUCUAUGACUUCCAGUUUGGGAACGGGGUGUUUGGCUCCGAUCGUGCAGUGCAACGAGCGUCGAAGGAUAACGCGGUGUUGUGGUGGGAGGCGCACGGGGUUGGUCAUCCAGAGAUGAAGGCUCUGGCGGUCAAGGUGUUCUCCAUCUGGACGACUUUCUCUGUAGCUGAGAGGAAGUGGAGUACUUGGGCCCUUGUGCAGACCAAGUCCAGGAACAAAUUGCACCACCAACGCACCAAGAAGUUGGUGCACUCGCACUGGAGCCUCAGGCUCAAGAGCAGGGGUGAUGAUAGCCCCACUGUGGCAGGAGGGUGGUUGAGGUUGGCAGCGGACUGGGCGGACGAGGAUUUGGAGGGUGAUCAGGCUGGUGUGACGGACGUUGUUGACGAUGGUGCGGUCGAUCCUGAUGACGGUCGUUCGGGUGCAAGCAGCACCAGCAUUCGGCGUGAUCUUGAAGUGCCAGGGACUUCGACAUCUGAGGACAGGUAAGACGACGUGGCGGAGGGUGAGGAGGACGUUGAGGACGAGGAGUAGGACGAGGAGGAGGACGAGGAGGACAUUCCAGGCGAGGGUUGGGUGGAUGAGAGGUCAGACUCAGACAGAUCGUGGACCAGGAGAGAGGAGACCACCCUGUAUAUCCCAAUCACGCG